AUGAAUACGAAAUCACUUCACUUUUAUGAACCAUUCGAAAUUGAUGGUCAAAGAUACAUUAAAAUGACUGAGAGGGAAGACCUUGGCGUAUAUGAGCCUGGACUAACACAGGAUGCAUUCACUGCCAAGGACAAGUAUGAUUACAAAGGAAUCAUAGAAAAUCUGGAAAAAUAUGGGCUCUGUGUAGUCCCAAACUUCAUAAAACCAUCCAAAUGUGAUCAGAUAUUGGAGGAGCUUGGUCCCCAUUUCUACAGGCACGACGCAUGGCAAGGUUCGCCAUUCCCAAAGGAAACUACGGUAGUGACAAGGGCGGUCCUCCACUCGCCUACCGUCUUGAAGGAUGUUGUAUCCGACCGUCUAUUUUGCGACAUGGCAAACCAUUUUUUAAAUGAGCAAAAUUACUUCAUGACCGGAAAUGUCAUUAGGAAGUGUUCAAGUGGUAUUCAGCUGAACUCUGGUAUUGUCUACAAGGUUGGUGCUGGCGCUGGUGACCAGGGCUAUCAUCGAGAAGACCACAUCCAUCAUACCAUCCACCAAGCAUGUGACCAUUUCCAAUAUGGAAAGGAAACGCUACUUGGAGUAGGGGUGGCUUUUACAGAUAUGAACAAAGCUAACGGAGCCACACGUGUAAUCAUUGGUUCACAUUUGUGGGGUCCACACGAUUCGUGUGGGAGGUUUGACAAGAGGAUGGAGUUUCAUGUAAAUGCUAGAAAGGGCGACGCGGUUUUAUUCUUGGGGAGCCUUUACCAUGCUGCAAGUGCCAAUCAUACCCUAGAAGAUAGAAUUGCGGGAUAUUUCUUUAUGUCACAGGGCUACUUAAAACAAGAGGAGAAUCUUCACUUCGGAAUGGACCCUAAAGUCUUCAAAGAUAUGUCACUGGAUACUUUGCAACUCUUGGGAUUGAGAACUAGUGAGCCGUAUUGUGGCCACAUAGAUUACAAAAGUCCAGGACAUCUUGCGAACCCUAGCUUGUUUAAAAACGAAGUUGAAAAAGGAUAUUACGGUGAGACAAUCAAGAUUAAUUAUGAUGAUAAAAAAUGA